UGUCGCCCUCUCACACUGCAGCCGGCAGCCUGAGCCAUGGGCCGCGGAGCCCUCUUGCUGCUGCUCUUGGCUCUUCUGGCGCCUGGAGCCGCCGUACUCCUCCGGCCAGCCCUAAGGACUCUUGGCAGCCUACAUUUGCCAACCAAUCCAACGUCGCGCCCUGCUCUAGCCAACAACUACUCAAUUCUCUACUUCGAACAGAAGGUUGAUCAUUUUGGAUUUACUCUCAUGAAAACUUUUAAACAGCGAUACUUGAUAUCUGAUAAACACUGGAGGAAAGAUGGUGGAUCAAUACUUUUCUACACUGGUAAUGAAGGAGACAUUGUCUGGUUUUGCAAUAAUACGGGGUUCAUGUGGGAUGUGGCUGAGGAACUCAAAGCUAUGUUGGUGUUUGCUGAACAUAGGUACUAUGGAGAAUCACUACCCUUUGGUGCCAGCUCAUUCAAGGAUUCAAGACACUUGAAUUUUCUGACAUCAGAACAAGCUCUGGCUGAUUUUGCAGAGUUAAUCAAACACUUGAAAAGGACAAUCCCAGGAGCUGAAAAUCAGCCUGUUAUUGCCCUAGGGGGCUCUUAUGGUGGCAUGCUUGCAGCCUGGUUCCGGAUGAAAUAUCCUCACGUGGUAGUUGGAGCUCUUGCAGCUUCUGCCCCUAUCUGGCAGUUUGAGGAUUUGGUACCUUGUGAGGCAUUUAUGAAGAUUGUAACUACAGAUUUUCGGAAAAGUAGUCCAGGUUGUCCAGAGAGCAUCCGCAGGUCCUGGGGUGCCAUUAAUCGACUCUCAACCACAAAAGGUGGUUUACAGUGGCUUACUGAAACCCUUCGCUUAUGUGACCCAUUAACUUCUUCUGACAUCCGACGUUUGAAAGACUGGAUCUCUGAAACCUGGGUGAAUCUAGCAAUGGUAGAUUAUCCAUAUGCAUCUGAUUUUUUACAGCCUUUGCCUGCAUGGCCUAUCCAGGUAGUUUGCCAGUAUUUGAAAGAUCCCAAUGUAUCUGAUUCACUGCUGCUGCAGAAUAUUUUCCAAGCUCUGAAUGUAUAUUACAAUUAUUCAGGCCAGGCAAAAUGCCUGAACAUUUCAGAAACUACAACUAGCAAUCUGGGAUCCCUCGGCUGGAGCUAUCAGGCUUGCACAGAAAUAGUCAUGCCCUUUUGUACUAAUGGUAUCGAUGACAUGUUUGAACCUCACCUGUGGAACUUGAAAGAAUUUUCUGAUGACUGUUUUAAACAGUGGGGUGUGAGACCAAGACCCUCCUGGAUCACUACCAUGUAUGGUGGGAAAAACAUCAGUUCACACUCUAACAUCGUUUUUAGCAAUGGUGAACUAGACCCUUGGUCAGGAGGUGGAGUAACCAAAGACAUCACAGACACCCUGGUUGCGAUCACCAUCUCAGAAGGGGCCCAUCAUUUAGAUCUUCGAGCCAACAAUGAGUAUGAUCCUGCGUCCGUCCUGUUAGCCCGCACCUUGGAACUCAGAUACAUGAAGCGAUGGAUCAGAGAUUUCUAUGACAGUUUGCAAAUGCGGCACUAAGCAACAUCUGAUCAUUUUCAGUUUCUUUUUUUAUGUUCUCGUCUAUCUAUAUUCCUGUUCAUUUUGGUUUUCUAUGUUUAAUUGCUGUCCUUCCUUUAUCAUUAGAGUUAAUGGGUUGAGAUAGAAGAAACUGAUUUCUCAGGCCCUCUCUGUUUUUGCACCACCUCCAAGGAGGGAUCUCUUCAUGACAGCUCUCCCACACCAUCUGUGACAUUCACAACUGGAACAGAAUUCCUGACUGCCUUUCAUAAGGGAGAGUCGCCCCCUGUUUUUCCCUGCAAGCAGGGAUUUCUUGAUUUUGAGGUUGAAGUCUCUUCCCCCCAUUUGUUAAAUUCCCAACCCAUGCCCUAUGAAGAAGCAGAUGAUAGAUAAAGAUGAUGUAAUUGCAGCUGGUAGGAAAGAUGUCUGAUGUCAAUCCAGGAAAUGAGAGCCAUUUCUUGAUUUAAUGAUUUUGAAUUGUGCUAUAAAUAAAGAACAAGGCUGGACCUUAUACCUGUGUGUU